AUGCUACCACACCCGUCCUUCCUCCUCGGCCUCCUCGUCAUCCUCUACCUCUGCACCUUCGUCGCCUUCGCCAUCCUGCGGAUUGUCACCGGCGUCUCGAUCCAGCGCGUCGGCUUCAGCGGCUUCCGGCGCAUCGGGUUCAGUCUGCGCAAUGGGGUGAGGGUGCACGUGAGGGGCGUGGGGGUGAGUUUGCAUCGGCCUACUUUCGCGCUGCCGACGUGGUGUAGUUUGGUGGUUACCGAGGCGGUGGUGACGGUGGAUUUGAACGCUGUCGGUGACGGGCACGGGAAAGCUAAUGGGGCGGCGGGGAAGGAGAAUGGGAGUCUGGAGAGGGAGAAGAGGGAGCGGAAAGCGGCGCAGGAUGAACGGCAGGAUGAAGAUGGGCAUGGGAAGUUGUGGAGGCGGUUGACGGAGAUCAAGGAGAAGAUCAAGAGGUUGCAUAGUAAGAUUGGGUGGAUUCGGUUGGUGGAUUUGCUGGUGACGGAUACUACGGUCAAUAUUGUGGGCGUCGGGAGCAUACAGCUGGAACGGCUGUCGUUGUCGGUGGACACGAGGUCGAAAACUGUGGACCGGAGCAGGCUGUUUCAGCAUCACAAGACGAAACCGGAUACUCAGUCGCCGGCGGAGUGGAAGUCGAUGAUACGGAGUAUACUUUUCACACCAGAGGGAAGAGACAGCACGGAGGUCCUCGACUAUGCUACGAUCAAUAUCCACGGCAUGCUGCACAAUGAGCUCCAGGGUCUCCGCGACGCUUCCGUGGCGGUCAAGCUCGGACGGCUUAACGUGCCGUACGACGACAUUGAGCACGCGAAGAAGUGCGCGGACAUGCUGCGAGGCAAGUAUGCCCAGCCGAAUCCCGAGCCGGCUACUGUGACGAUCUCGAAUGCGCUGGAGGAGCUGGAGAGGGUGGAGACGCAACAUCAGGAUCAGAUUGUCAGAACGGUGUCUGACUCCAGAGCGUUUGUGGCUUCCAUUCUGCGUGGUAUCCAGGAGGUGCAGUUUGCGGUCAGCUUCUUCGGCCUUUCUAGGAAGAUGAACGUCAGGAGUGACACCGGCAAAGAUGUCUACUUCAAUCUGGCGAUGAAAGAGAUCGGACUGGAUGUGCUGAGGCUGGAUCCGAAGAGUCCAGCGCAUCGGAUGUACUUCGCGAGCAAGGAUGUGGCGCAUCAAGGACUUUUGACCGCGAUUGCGAUAUCUGCUGGGAUUGAUGAUGGCCACGAGCAUCCGGAGAGGAUGGUUUACAUUCCAAUGGUCACGGCUACAGUUCGAACGACCCUGCCCUCCAGGACGAUCCACUACUCGCAGGAGAACAAUGCGAGUGAGAGGAACACGAAUAUACUCUAUGCGAACUUCGUCUGCACUUCGCCUUCUGUGGAUCUGGAUCCUAAGCAUUUGCCACUGGUGCGCGAGGUGCUGAAAAGGCAUUCUUCGUCAGAUGCGCCGAAGCAGAAAAUCCCUUCGAAUCGACAUCAUCUCAUAUCGCAGUUGCUGCCGAAGGCGUACAUUAAGCUGUCCAUCCAGGAACCGGUCAUUCGAGUCUCUUUGCCUCCGAUGCACAGAGAAAAUGCUGCAGAGGAUGACUAUGAUCUGCUCAUCUCUUCAGUCUCUUCAAUUGGGAUCGAGCUAGAGUCGUCUCAUGCGGCUGAAGGGCCACUGCAUUACAGCCUGCGCACGCACUACCGGCAUUCCAGGCAUCACCUGUACUAUCAGACCUUUGCCGGUGACAGGCAUGAUCUUCUGCAUAGCGAUACGGUAGAGCUCCAGGUGGAUGUUAAUGCGCUGCCAGAUGCUGCAGUAGUUGCGAGCGGCCGACUACAGACAUUCACGAUCUACAUGGUGCGACCUGAAAUCUCGGAGGGCGUCCGUCAGAUCGUCAAGCAGUUGAGACGUAAUGUGCUAGCCCGCCACGAUGGCGAAGACAAGCGACAGAUGAGCUUCUUACGACAGACUCCUCAGUGGCUUCAGCAGUGCCGGAUCGAGGGCUCUGAUUUUGGCCUUGAGCUCGCAGGCGUCGACGAGCAGGUGUCCAAGGACCGGAGAGGGUUUGCUCUCCAGCUCGAGUCAUGGACCACCGAGUACAAAGCACAGCGAGACGAGCGGCCCGACAUGUUCACGCGCCGGCACUCGAUUUCUAGAGCCAUGUCGCUCGAAAAGAAGCAGACGAUGGAACAGCGAGAAGCAGAGUCUCCACGCAGGCGUCCGAAGAGUAUUGCAGACGGUCGGCGGCUGACGGUGCAUUUGCAGAAUCUAGAGGGCUUCAUCAUGGACUCUGUUGACAACUCCCCAUCGGAGUCAUGUCUGUCUGUGCCCAGAUUCGAGGUUGCGUUCACGACUUCGACUGACAACAACGGCCCGGUAUUCCACAUCAACUCGCAUGCAAAGAGUAUGCUGAUGCAGUAUUCGCUGUACAACCACUUCGCGAUGGGUGUGGCUGUUAUGGUUAUCCGGAAGACGUUCCUGGAUCUGGACAAAGAAGAAGUCAAGCGUGAAGCUCGGCCGCAGAGGAGUAGGCAGCGGUCACUGCAGGUACCCGGUGAUCUCAACGACGAAGAUGAGGUGGCUAGGCACGAGGUCACCAUCAUCGACUUCAAGGCGAAUCUCAUCCAGGUGAAGGCCCGCAUGCCUGCCGAUCCGCCGAUGAUGAUCCAGCUUUUUAACCCUGAGACAGGCCGUCAUCGCUACGGCACACCUUUCUUGCGCUGCAAGGUCGCUAGGCUGUACGUUCGUGCUCCCCGGACGCAGCGGGCCUGGAGCAGGAUCCUCAGUAUUCGCAUGCUGCGCGUGGACAUGCGAGAGCUGAGACGCAAAGUUGGCAAGCAUCACGUCGCGGAGAAGUCGAUCGACAUUGUGGCAGAAGUCAUCCGCAUUGGCGUGCCGCACUCGCUGGUGGUUCAUACUAUUUUUGACAACAUCACGAAUGUCAUCAAGACGACCAAGCAGCUGCAGCACCAUUUCGUGACGGGCACGAAUGAGUAUAUCCUCGCAAAGGAGCCUGAAGGACCGAAGCAUGUCCCGAGAAUCACAUUGCGAAACCAGCUAUUGAUCUUCGAUAUUGAGGACAGCAGCUUCGAAUUCAAACUGAACUCCAUCUAUCGGGCUGGCUUAAUGGAGCAGAAGCAGAGACUGGCUCGAGAAGACGCUUUCAAGAUGAAGGAGAAGCGACUGGCUCGUUCAAGCAACCGUCGCGGCUCCCAACUACGCGCACGUUCUGCCCAGCCCGAUGGCCGGGCACGCUCGAAGACGAGAGGCGAGGAAACAAACGGCGGCCGGAGAAGCCAGAGUAAUGAGCCAAGAUCUAGGUGGAGUCCGAAGAACAGCCAACGGCAAUCUCGUCGGAGGGGGCGUGCGAUGCGGUAUGAGACGGACGGCAAGUGUGGUAUUAGCGAUACUUCACAGCUGAGCAUCGCUGCCGCAAGAGACAAGCUGGAUCGGCUCAAUGCUCAGUCGUGGAAGACGAGGAUUGAUCGGAUGGCUUGCUUUCAGUCGCAGGCUAUUAGGGACAUUCGCUCCUAUCUUCUGGCUGCAGACGACUUGCCAGAAGAAGCAGAGCAGCAUGAGCCGAUUCUUGCGCUCAGUCGGCGUCCGGGGCUAAUGGUGGCUGCGCUCAAUGAUCUCACCAUCACCAUCGACAAGCCUUCGUUCCCAAUCGAUGAGUAUCCAAAGUUCAUGCACGACAUUGGGAAAGGCAUGCCUCAUGACAUGAAGUACGGGCUGCUUGUCCCAAUGAGCCUGCACAUCACCAUGAGCGAAGCUCGAUUCCAGCUUCGCGACUACCCACUGCCAUUGUUGCAUGUGCCGGCGCUGGCGAGCGGACAGUCGCCUAGGCUGCCUAGCUUGUCCAUGCGGACGGACUUCGUCAUCGCUGAGGAGUUCCGGGACAUCGAAUCUCAGCGACAUGUCAACGUGGAGGUGGUGCCGAAGGAGAAGAUGAGCACGGAGUCUGCUUUCACUAUCGAUGUUCGCAGGACGAUAUCGCCUGUGAAAACGUACUCGAAUAUGAAAUUCGAAAUCAACACCAGCCGGCCCACCAAGAUCACCUGGGGCACGUCUUAUCAGCCUGCGAUUCAGGAUACCAUGCAGGUUGUGGAGGCCUUCACGAAGCCAGCGGUCGAUGUUUCCGACCGAGUCGGCUUCUGGGACAAGAUACGCCUGGGCUUUCACUCGCGCGUUAAUGUUGCGUGGAAGGGCGACGGCGAUGUCCAUCUUGUGCUCAAAGGCUCGCGAGAUCCGUAUGUCGUUACAGGGACUGGAGCGGGUUUGGUUAUGGUUUGGCGAAACGAUGUGCAAUGGAAUAUUGCGCAGAGCAACGACCCGCGCCAGUUCAUGACGGUAGACAGCAGCGACUACAUCCUGGCUGUGCCCGACUUCGGCGGGUAUGCGAGGUCCUCGCAGGAGUUCAACGAAGGCGAUGCUGGAUCAUCGAGCAGCACGAGCAGUAAUCCGAGGGACGCCGUGUUCAAAAAGGUCGUCAUGAAGCUGUCUGGCAAGGUGCGAUGGCUUGGUGGUAUGGUGUUUGAACGAGAUGUGGGAGAUGGCUCGAGAUCGUUCGACUUCAUCCCGCAUUACAACGUUGUCCUCAAGGACCCUCAGUACGCAAAGGCGCCACCUGGGAAGGAGUACGACGCUUACAGUGGCUUCCGGAGUCACCACAUCCACAUGUCAGUUGCCGUGGCUGCACCGCACGAUCGGCAGUGGUCUGUCACCAAUGUGCAGCCUUCGAACAACUACAACGCAAUACACCUGACGCCGCGCUUCUUCUCGCACUUCUACAGCUGGUGGUCUAUGUUCUCGGGCAUCAUGUCGUUACCCAUUCGACAAGGACCGCUCUGGGGCGGUAUGACGAAGAAGAGCAAGAAGCUGGGCCGCCAUCUCGCCACUUUCAAGUACAACGUCCUUCUGUCACCGCUGUUUGUCAGCCACGUCUACAAGCACAAAGACGCCGAAGACUACCAGGAGAACGUGGUCUCAGCCACCGGCCUCAAAAUGAGACUCGACAGCUUCAUGCUCGACCUCCACCAACGCCGCGAGUACUUCGACAUCAAGGGCCACGAAGGCGCUCAGUCAAAGACAUCGAGCGGCAUACGCAUCAACCAAGCCCAGCUGGACUUCAUCCACGCCGAUCUCCGUGCGCUUUCUGCUAGUAUUGCUGGCACGAGCACUGAAGACAUCGAGAAAGCGAAUGAUGACGCCCUUGCUUCGCUGUACGGGCAGCUGCCUGUGGUGGAUAUGUCCAAGUUCACGAUUCCUGACAACGACUUCUCGUGGAUCGAUAUGGAUGACUUUGUCGAGCUGGAUUGGAUUCUACCUGCUGAGUCGGACCCGGAGACGAAGAUCUUGCCGCUCGGGUAUGCUCCGCGCUUCACGUACUUCAGGCAGACGGAUCACCAUGGGUUCAUUGCUGGUGAUUCGACCAGAAGGAGUACGUUCGGCGAGGAGCCCACGCAUUACUGUGUGAUGUCUGCAAAGAACGAUCCCAGAAGGGUGCAGGUGGAGCUGAUCGAGAAGCGGCUGCACAAGCUCAACGAGCAGAGGACGCACAAUGAACGAGCUGCUGGCGAUGCUGAGCUGAAGUUCGUCCAAAGCGUCACCACAGACAGCAAGGAGCGGGAGAAGCUGCGAGAGAAUCUGGACGCCCUUCGUACCCAUGCCGACUUGUUGGAGCGGAAGUACCACUUUCUAGAGGCAAUGUUGGAAACACUUUCCCAACGACUGGAGAGUGACGAUCCUUCCGCGGUUCCUGACCUGGAGACCAGCGAGGCCUUCUUUGAGGCUCAUGAGAAUGCUCAACCGGCGAUGGACGACAGUGAAGACAUUGAAGCUGCACCGCUGGCGGACUACACGAGUGACUUCAACAACCGCUUCAUCGUGCAUAAUGCGCAGAUCAAGUGGAACAACUCGCUGCGGAAUAUCAUCCUGCGAUAUAUCCACCAGGUCAGCCAGCGUCGUGGAUUCGUCUACUACAUGUCGCGGCGAGCAGUCAAGUUCAUCCUAGACGUCAUUGAUGAGCGAAAGAAGACAGAGGAUGUGGCGACGCCGACCCGAAAGAAGUCCGUUGCUACUGAGCAAGGACCGAUGUCGCCGGAUAGUAUCGACGACGAGUCCACGAUACAGGAUCGUAUCGAUCAGCUGUUGAAAGAUGGACGGUCCUUCGUUAACGCAGAAGAUCAGGCCGAUACUAAUGACGUCGAGAAUGUUCCCGACGCCGCAGGAGCAGGCCCUACUGACGACAUUGCUGUCGAGUAUACACCGCUCAAUACCUACCACUUCCGCCUGAUUGCUCCUCAAAUUCAGCUGCAGAGCGAGAAGAACUCGAAGGCUGCAGUCUUGGUAACAGCCAAAGGCAUGCAGCUCAAGGUCGUGCAGAUCAUGGACAAGGACAGAGUCAGCGAUGACGUUUCCGGUCUGGUGCAACGACGGUUUAGAGCGGCUGCGGAUAGUUUGCAGAUGUUCGUGACGACGACCAAAACCUUCACGACGGAACAUCUGCACAUGUACAGCGCCAAUCGUUACGGUGCGAAGGCAGGGACCUACUGGCCGCCUUGGGUGCCAAUGGAGAUGAUGUUCGAGUUCGAGACGAACCCGUACGGCUUCAGCAGGGUGGUGCAUCGGACGUCGACCAGCCUGAGAUACGACAAGUACAACACCUUGCGGCUGAAAUACAACGACGACAUCUCCGGCGGCGAGUCUACAAAGACUACCUCAAGAGCAGACGAAGCAGAAAGCCGGAUGGACCACGUCUGGCUUGAGUUCCCACAUAUUCGGGCCAUAUGCGACUCGGCACAGUACUUUGCGCUCUACAUCAUUGUCAUGGACUUGCUUUUGUACAGUGAGCCGCUCGAGAAGACACGCACCGAGCGCUUGGAGAAGAUCAUGCUCGCUUCCGACUUCAGCGACUUGUCCGGUGCCCCCGAGAUGGUGCAAAUGCUGCAGGAGCGCAUCCGCCAGCUCGAAGAGAUCAAGAUGCACUUUCAGGUCAAUGAGAAGUACCUUGAUCGCCAAGGCUGGAAGGACCGGAUAGCGAUGGACCAGGAUCUUGCGGGCUGCGAGGACGAGUUGUUCUUCAUGAUGAAAGCUAUCACCACCGCCCAACAGCGGGUGGAGGAUCGACGUGAGCAUGAGAAUGUCGCUGGUUCAGUGCAUCUCAAUAUGUCUGCCAAGGAGAUCGCAUGGCACAUGAUCCGUGGGAAGGACGAGUCCUUGAUGGAGGUGCAGCUCAGCAAUGCAUCGUUUGACCGAACCGACAACAAUGACGGGUCAAACUACAACUCUAUGGAAAUUGGACGUAUCAAUGGUUACAAUCUCUUGCCCGAUGCACUGUAUCCGGAGAUCAUUGGGCCAUUCAUCGACGAGAGCCGGGGCUUCCAUGAGCAUAAGCACGGCAAGAUGUUGCGGGUGCAUUGGCUGAUGCUGGAGGCGAUUGCGGGAAUACCUGUCGUUGACUACUUUGAAGUCGACCUGGUGCCGCUGAAAGUGCAGAUCGAACGAGAAGUGGCCAAAAAGCUGUUUGAGUAUAUCUUCCCCGGUGUCGGCGGCAAUGCUUUCGAAGGAGGUGGCUUCAGCCCGUUCAUGGUCAAGAACAUGCUGCCCACCCAGGAGGAAGAGGACGAGUCCGAGGCUAAAGGCACGGAUGCUCCGACUCCAAUGGUCGAAGACCUGGAGCCAACCAACAAGCCGAGCCACGGAAGCGGUCUGGCAUCACUUGAGGAGCGCUUGAAGCCGACCGUACAUCUGCAGACGAGGAAGAAGCCCCCGGAGAGCAGAGGACUGGGCAUCUCCGCCGCCAGAGAGCAUGUCCACGGCUUUGGCCUAUUCCAGCACUCCGACCGCUCCCGCUCCGCCCUACCAGGUCGCGCACCGGCGUCUCAACAGGCACUCGCCUCAACCAACAACCUCAGCCCCAUGUCCCGCACAACCAGCGAACGCUCCCUCGCCACCAUGCGCAGCAGCGCCAACGGCAGUGAGCCCGAGAAACGCCGCUUCCUCCACCGCACACACAGCGAAGAGCGCAAGAAGGAGACCGAACGCUCCGACGACCUGACCCAGAUGAUGAACAGAGCCAGCAACUACAUGACCCUCUCCUUCGUCAAGAUCCCCUCCAUGGUGCUCUGCCUCAGCUAUAAAGGCCAGGGCAAGCGCAACCUCGAAGACGUGCAUGAUCUGGUCUUCCGCAUGCCGACUCUCGAGUAUCGGAACAAGACCUGGUCGAAUCUCGACCUUGCAUUGCAGUUGAAGAAGGAUGUCAUUCGCGCUCUGAUAUCGCAUGCCGGAGCCAUCGUCAGUAACAAAUUCUCCCACCACAAACCUACCCGUCUGCAGCAGACAAAGCUGCGCGAGAUCGCGAAUAUGAGCACGUUCAUGAGCCCGCGCGCCAGCUCCACGGCGCUGCAGGAAGGCGGCCCCAGCGAGGACAGCAGUCUGAACGAGCGGAGUGCUCGGUCGCCGGAGCGAAUGGGGAGACCUAGCACGGCCAGCGCAAGACCUAGUACGUUGAGCAGGAGUAUCUCGGUGACUUCGAGUACCCCUUCCGGAUCCAGUCAUGCCGGGGACAAGGUGGAGGAGGCCAACGGGGCGGUAACGCCCGGUGCGGCCGGGAGUCUUAGUGGGCAGCCGAUGAAUGGACAGGGGACGCCGAAGAGGAGGAUGUCUUUGCCUAGAUCCUCGCCGGGGGCUGGGGAGGGUGAUCAGUACUCCCGCCUCCGCACGGCAUCGAUGUCACGCCGCCUCUCUGGCUUCGGAGAUCGGCUGCGCCAGCGACCUAGCAACAGCAACAGCAAUGAGGGAGAGGAGACGGAUGAAAGCAGGCGGAAGAACAAGCUAGUGCUCAGUGGGCAGAAGCUGCUGAGGACUUUCAGGGAUCAGUAG